AUGUCAUUCUACCAAGACCAAGAUGGUGAGAUAUGGUUGACUGGUACUUAUCAGUACGGCUUUCAAAAACCGGGUACCUGGGAUUAUUAUUGGACAAUUCAGAACGGUUGUGGAGAAAUUCUUUAUAACCUUACCGAUCAGUUAUAUAUGGAAUAUGCAAAAGAUAGUACAUGUGAUGGUUAUGACGAUUCAAAAUCAAGUUAUCAUAGAAAGAGAGGUAGUUAUUUAGAUAAGAGACAUAAAAAACAUGAAGAUAAAUGUGAAAUGGGGGCAUGGGGUAGCAAACCUUGGGUAGUUAAAGUUAGUGAUUUGGCGUGGGAUUGUGGUAAAGAUGAAGGCUUCAAGUAUAAUACUUGUAAGGGUAAAGAUAUUUAUAAAGAUAUGGUGAUAGAUUAUACUAAAGAAAAACUUCCAAAACGGCUUAGUGCACAGGGACCCGAAAGUGGUAUCUAUUUAGUUAUUGAUGGUCAAAGUAAAUGGGGAAAACGUCAAACUAGUACUUCACCCGCUGCGAUUAAUGUUAAUAAUGAAGCACCAGCUCCAAAUGCACCAGCACCAGCUCCAAAUGCACCAGAACCAGCUCCAAAUGCACCAGCACCAGCUCCAAAUGCACCAGCACCAGAUCCAAAUGCUCCAGUUCCAAAUGCACCAGCCCCAGCGCCACCGGCUCCAGGAGCAACUGCACCUGAUGCAACUGCACCUGUGGACACUGCACCUGUAUCAGUCUUACAAGCACCAACAACUGCACCUGCACCUGCAACUACUUCUCCCGAAUCCGUUGCGCCCGCAGCAUCUGUACCACCACCAUCAACUAACCCCGAAUCCGCUGCACCAGCACCAGCAGCAAAUACUGAACCUCCACCAGCAGCUACUGUUGCUGCUUAA